AGGCCCGCGGCGUGGGGCGAGGCCGGGCGGAAGCCAGUGUGCACAGCUGCAGCGAGUCCUGCUCCCUCCUCGGAGCCCCUGGCCCCGGGGAGGGGAAAGUCUGCUCCCCCGUCUAUGUCUUUUUCUGACUCCAGUGCAACCUUUCUGCUGAAUGAGACGCCCAGGAAGGCGAACGGAGGGGCAGAUUCCGAUUCACCGUCCUGGGGGCUCAGCCGACUCCUACACCAGCCGCCCGUCGCUGGACUCCGACGUCUCCCUGGAGGAGGACCGGGAGAGUGCCCGGCGUGAGGUGGAGAGCCAGGCCCAGCAGCAGCUUGAAAGGGCCAAGCAUAAACCUGUGGCAUUUGCUGUGAGGACCAAUGUCAGCUACUGUGGCGUACUGGACGAGGAGUGCCCAGUCCAGGGCUCUGGGGUCAACUUUGAGGCCAAAGAUUUUCUGCACAUCAAAGAGAAGUACAGCAACGACUGGUGGAUCGGGAGGCUAGUGAAAGAGGGGGGGGACAUUGCCUUCGUCCCCAGCCCCCAGCGCCUGGAGAGUAUCCGGCUCAAGCAGGAGCAGAAGGCCAGGAGAUCUGGGAACCCCUCCAGCCUGAGCGACAUUGGCAACCGACGCUCCCCUCCGCCAUCUCUAGCCAAGCAGAAGCAAAAGCAGGCGGAACACGUUCCCCCGUAUGACGUGGUGCCCUCCAUGAGGCCCGUGGUGCUGGUGGGACCCUCUCUGAAAGGCUAUGAGGUCACGGACAUGAUGCAGAAGGCGCUCUUUGACUUCCUCAAACAUAGGUUUGACGGCAGGAUCUCCAUCACCCGAGUCACGGCUGACCUCUCCCUGGCAAAACGAUCAGUGCUCAACAAUCCGGGCAAGAGGACCAUCAUCGAGCGCUCGUCCGCCCGCUCCAGCAUUGCUGAAGUGCAGAGUGAGAUUGAGCGAAUAUUCGAGCUGGCCAAAUCCUUGCAGCUAGUGGUACUGGACGCUGACACCAUCAAUCACCCAGCACAGCUGGCCAAGACCUCCCUGGCCCCCAUCAUCGUCUUCGUCAAGGUGUCCUCGCCAAAGGUCCUCCAGCGCCUCAUCCGUUCCCGGGGCAAGUCACAGAUGAAGCACCUGACUGUACAGAUGAUGGCUUACGACAAGCUGGUUCAGUGCCCACCAGAGUCAUUUGAUGUGAUUCUGGAUGAGAACCAGCUGGAGGACGCCUGCGAGCACCUGGCCGAGUACCUGGAGGUGUACUGGAGGGCCACCCACCACCCCGCCCCCGGCCCCGGGCUUCUGGGGCCUCCCAGUGCCAUCCCUGGACUUCAGAACCAGCAGCUGCUGGGAGAGCGCGGCGAGGAGCACUCACCUCUUGAGCGGGACAGUUUGAUGCCCUCAGACGAGGCCAGCGAGAGCUCCCGCCAAGCCUGGACGGGAUCUUCCCAGCGCAGCUCCCGCCACCUGGAAGAGGACUAUGCAGACAACUACCAGGACCUGUACCAGCCUCACCGCCAACACACCUCGGGGCUGCCCAGUGCUAACGGGCAUGACCCUGAAGACCGGCUCCUGGCCCAGGACUCGGAGCACAACCACAAUGACCGGAACUGGCAGCGCAAUCGGCCCUGGCCCAAGGACAGCUACUGACCGCCUCCUGCUGCCCUGUGCUGGGAGGCCCAGGUGCACUGGCCGGGGUGCCCACUCCAGGCGAGGUGGGGUUAGGCUGGCAUUAGGCUGGCACUAGACUCAGGCCCCAAAGCCCCCUGCCCAGCCCCAGCUGUGGUCCUGAGGUUCUGGGCGAAGAAAGGGUCCCCCUUACCUCCUGGGCAGCGACCUCCCUAGGCUCCCACUCUAGGUUCUAGCUGUGUGUGCUGCACCCUGGCAUCUCCCUCUCCUGCACAAGACGCUGCCCCCCUGGGCAGUGCCCUCAGGCCAGGAUCCCCUCGGCAGGAGCCUUCCUACCAGACUCAGGGAAGGGAUGCCCCUCAGUGACAGGAGGGUGGGGAUGUGGGCGGCAGGGCUUGAGGAAGAAGCAAGCCCGAGCAGGCCACGUCCUGCCAGUCAAGGGCCUCGGGGGUGCGCUUCAGAGUCGAGGGCCUCCACGCACCUCACUGCCUCACAUUCCAGACGAGACAAUCAGAGCCCUACCGGGUGGCACCCCCAUCCCUCAGCGGGGUUGGGGCAUCCACCCAAGGCCGGAGCAGUAGGCAGGCUAGGAUGGGGUCAAGGCCUCACAGCUGAAGCUCUUGAAGAGAAAGGCUUUCCUCACCCUGCCAGGAUGCCUCUUAACGUCUGACAAGACCAAGGACCGGAAGCCAGAUCAAGCCAAGGGGCCGACCGGAUUGGGAGUUUGGGAAGGGAGGGUUACACGUAGCAGGGAACGUAUGGAACAGUUUCAGGGGUGUCCUUGCCCCCUCAUUCUUUUGCUUUUGCAUCCUGUCGUUUCUGUUGAGGGCCCUCAUGCCUCCGGGGGGACACGAGUCCCACACUUUAUUCCUCACUCACUCGGCCGUUGCUUGUUAAGUUCGGGCUAAGCGGGGAUGUAGGACAGCUGACCCCCGAGUGACCCCCGAGGCCCUGUCCACCCGGCGAGCCUUGCCUCACAGCUCUAGUGUGUGACCUACAGAGCAUGCUCCAGAAGACCCUGCCAUGCCUCACCGUCAUCAUCAAUAAACACCACGCACAGUC